AAUUAAGUGCGAGACACCGUGUCCUUGCUCACCUUGGCGUCUCGAUCAAAUAAAAGGAAGUGGCCGCGUUUUCGUCUCUCAUCAAGUCAGACAUGAAGUGGUUCCUGCUGUACUUCUUGGCGGUCGGUGUCGUAGCCUUAGAAUUACCACCCGAUUUUCCGAAAUGCAAACGUUCCGAUCCCAAACUGAACGAUUGUAUGAAAACGGCGAUCGAAGGGGCACUCAAGCUCAUGGAGAAAGGUUUGCCGGAAUUUAAGGUCGAGCCCAUUCAGCCGAUCACUGUUCCCAGCUUGACCAUCGGUCAAGGGAAGGGCCCCGUGCAAGUCGUGCAGAACUACGAAAACUUUAAGAUCUACAAUUUACCGUCGGCGAAAGUUGCAGAUCUUAGCUCCAGGCUUUCCGACAGCGAGUUCAAGAUGAACAUCACGUUCCUCUUCAAAGAGGUGUACCUGGCGUCCCAGUAUAAGCUGAACGGGAAGAUACUUCUCCUCCCCAUUGUUGGAGAGGGAGACUGCACAAUUAAACUAAUGAAUGCCAAGGUGCCAAUGGAGAUGGUUGGUCGGUUUUUCGAAAAGAAGGGUGUUAAGUACGCGGAAAUCUCGGACAUAAAGGUUCACCUCGGUGGCGAUAAGGUGGAGUUCGAUUUCAAGAACUUAUUCAACGGCGAUCCGCGUUUGGGCCCGGAAAUGAACAGGAUACUUAACGAGAAUUGGAAGGAGAUCUUCGAUGACGUGAAGUAUGCUUACGACGAGGCUUUCGGUGCCAUUUUUAAAAAUAUUGUCAACCUGAUAGUGAGAAAGGUGCCAUACGAUGAAUUACUCCCCAUUUCCCUACGCGAAACUACCACAACAGUCCUUAGGGAUGAGUGUGAUGGAGAAGAACGUAGCACCGUACACAAGUGCAAGACAACGAUGCUGUACCUGUCGAUUUUGUGCGCUCUCCCAACCAUCUCGUACGCUUUACAAUUACCGCCCAAUUUCCUAAAAUGCAAACGGUCCGAUCCAAAAAUCAACGACUGUCUGAAACCGGCGGUGGGGCGAGCAAUCCACAUCAUGGCGGAAGGUAUGCCGGAUUUCAAGAUCGAGCCCAUACAGCCCAUUAGGGUGCCCAGUUUGAAGAUUGAGGGGAGCGUCACCCAAAGCUACGAAGAUUUCCAAAUCUUCAACGUACCAUCGGCGAAGAUUACGCACCUUGACUCCUCCAUAACCGACGACGAGUUCAACCUGAACCUGACGGUCUUCUUGAAAGACAUCCAUAUAGCGGCCAGGUAUAAACUGCAAGGGCAAAUUCUGCUUCUUCCCAUUGUUGGAGAAGGUAACUGCACGACUGAUCUCAGGAAUGCCAAAGUUAGUUUGGCACUAAGUGGUGUGCCAACCGAGAAGACAGGGAGAAAGAACGUUGAGAUUCGGAGCCUAAAAGUCAAUUUGGACCCUGAAAAGGUCGAAUUCGACUUCGAAAAUCUCUUCAACGGUGACACUCAGUUGGGGCCGCAAAUGAACAGGAUUAUGAACGAGAACUCGAGGGAGAUCUUCAAUGACGUUAGGCACGGGUACGAAGAGGCUUUGGGGGCAGUUUUCAAAAAUAUCGCCAAUCUUAUCUUCAAAAGGAUUCCCUACGACGAGUUGGUUCCAUUAUAAUACCCUAGUGCCAUAUUCAUGGCGUGGAUUAUAAACUUUUGUGUAAAUUAAUUACAAUAAAUUCGGCGAUUUGUUUA